AUGACUGACGGCUGAGAAGGGAGGGUAGAGGACGGAGGUGUGAUUGCAGAUUUGGACGUUGAUAAGCGGCAAAAGCAACCCAUGCGCCAUUCCGAAGACGUGUGACAUGUAUUUCGCUGCAGGAUGUCCUAAAACGCGUUCGCGUAACCGUAACCGGAGACUCGUGUAACAUGGAAGGUCAGACAUUCCACCUAUGACGCAAUUUUACCCAGAAUCCUCCUCCGCCGACUGUCACCUGUACUCCAAACUAUAGGGCGGGGGAAGGCCGCCUACUGCAUGUGACGUAGUGAUGACGCGCACUGUGCCUUGCUGCGAGCUGCAGGUACCGCUGGGGACGCCAUGUUGUGAGAGGAAGUAAAGAUCUGUGUGAGUGCGAGUAGGGAGAGAAGCGACACUGGAGCGGUUCUCAGUUGCCGUGCGUGACCGGACUGCUGACGGUGAAUCUAGCGGAGCGGACUGGAGCUCUGUCAGACUGCCGCUUGCUGGGGAACACUGCUGGAAUCUCAUCUGCUUGGAAACAUGCCGCUGGCUCAGCUGGCAGACCCGUGGCAGAAAGUACCGGUGAAGAAAGUGGAAAGCGAGAAUGGGCAGCAGUUUGCUGAUGAAUCAAUGUGUGAGGAGGACAAUGAGAACAAUGAUGAAGGAAAUAUAAAGGAAAUUGCAAUCACACACCAUGUUAAAGAAGGCCAUGAAAAGGCAGACCCUUCACAUUUUGAAUUUCUAAAGGUUCUCGGGCAAGGUUCAUUUGGCAAGGUAUUUCUUGUGCGCAAAAUCUCAGGAACCGAUGCCGGGCAAUUAUAUGCAAUGAAAGUAUUAAAAAAAGCUACACUUAAAGUCCGAGAUCGUGUUAGAACAAAAAUGGAGCGUGAUAUUUUGGUGGAAGUUAAUCAUCCGUUUAUAGUGAAAUUGCACUAUGCUUUCCAAACAGAGGGCAAGCUGUACCUAAUUUUGGAUUUUCUCAGGGGUGGAGAUUUGUUUACACGCUUAUCCAAAGAGGUAAUGUUCACAGAAGAAGAUGUGAAGUAUUACUUGGCAGAACUGGCACUCGCCUUAGACCAUCUUCAUUCUCUUGGAAUCAUUUAUCGAGACCUGAAACCAGAAAACAUAUUACUUGAUGAAGAGGGCCACAUUAAAUUAACAGAUUUUGGCCUUAGUAAGGAGUCUAUAGACCAUGAAAAAAAAGCAUAUUCUUUCUGUGGAACUGUGGAAUACAUGGCUCCAGAGGUAGUGAAUCGGCGGGGCCACACUCAGAGCGCAGACUGGUGGUCUUUUGGUGUGCUAAUGUUUGAAAUGCUCACUGGUACCCUACCCUUUCAAGGAAAGGACAGAAAAGAAACCAUGACCAUGAUUCUGAAAGCCAAACUUGGGAUGCCUCAGUUUUUAACUGCAGAAGCUCAGAGUCUCCUGCGCAUGCUGUUCAAGAGAAAUCCUACUAAUAGACUAGGUGCAGGUCCCGAUGGAGUUGAAGAAAUUAAGAGACAUCCUUUUUUUGCAACAAUUGAUUGGAAUAAAUUGUAUAGGUUGGAAAUCCAGCCACCUUUUAAACCAGCCACUGGUGGGCCAGAAGACACAUUUUAUUUUGAUCCUGAAUUCACAGCAAAAACUCCAAAAGAUUCUCCUGGUAUCCCAGCAAGUGCCAAUGCACACCAGCUCUUCCGUGGGUUUAGCUUUGUUGCCAUUUCAUCUGAGGACGAAAGCCAAGCUAUGCAAGCAGUUGGGGUACAUGCUAUUGUUCCACUUCAUAGGAACAGCAUCCAGUUCACAGAUGGCUAUGAGCUAAAGGAAGAUAUUGGUGUGGGUUCCUAUUCUAUUUGCAAAAGGUGUAUUCACAAGGUUUCCAACAUGGAGUAUGCAGUAAAGAUUAUUGACAAGAGCAAGAGAGACCCCACUGAGGAAAUAGAAAUACUGUUGCGAUAUGGGCAGCAUCCCAAUAUCAUUACAUUAAAAGAUGUGUAUGACGAUGGAAAAUAUGUGUAUUUAGUAACGGAACUAAUGAAGGGAGGGGAACUUUUAGAUAAAAUACUGCGGCAAAAGUUCUUCUCUGAGCGAGAGGCAAGUGCAGUGCUACACACGAUAACCAAAACCGUAGAAUACCUCCAUUCCCAGUGGGUCGUCCACCGGGAUCUCAAGCCAAGCAAUAUUCUUUAUGUGGAUGAGUCUGGGAACCCUGAGUCUAUUAGAAUUUGUGACUUCGGCUUUGCAAAGCAACUCAGGGCAGAAAAUGGUUUGCUUAUGACUCCAUGCUAUACUGCAAAUUUUGUGGCUCCUGAGGUUUUAAAGCGUCAAGGCUACGAUGCGGCAUGUGAUAUAUGGAGUCUGGGUGUGCUGCUUUAUACAAUGCUGACGGGAUACACUCCUUUUGCAAAUGGGCCAGAUGACACACCAGAAGAAAUCCUAGCAAGAAUAGGAAGCGGAAAGUUCGCUCUAAGUGGUGGUUAUUGGAAUUCUGUUUCAGAUAUUGCCAAGGACCUGGUUUCAAAGAUGCUUCAUGUGGAUCCACAACAAAGAUUAACUGCAGCCCAAGUACUGAAGCACCCCUGGAUAGUACACUGUGACCAGCUGCCUCAGUUCCAGCUGAACAGACAAGAUGCUCCACACCUAGUAAAGGGAGCCAUGGCAGCAACUUAUUCUGCUUUGAACCUUAAUCCACUGUCGCCCGUACUGGAACCUGUUGGUCGUUCUACUCUGGCUCAGAGGAGAGGAAUAAAGAAGAUUACCUCCACGGCCCUGUGAAAGUCAAGUCAUCUAGUAGGAGCAACCUGGAGCUGAAGAUUCGCAGCACAACAAAAAGCCAUCAGUGAUAGCACAUAUCAAAAAGACACUCGGCCAGCACAUGCUCCCGGUCCCUGCCGGCUCUCGUAAUCAAUGCUGCUGCUUUUGUCUGUUCUCAGUAGUUCAGUGAUGGAAAAAAAUAACACAUCUUACAAUGCCGGUGACUUUGAUUUAGGCUUUUCACCUCUGCAACUGAAGAAGACACUGAAAAUGAAACAAAAGGAAGGCAAAUCUCAACGCUGAACAGAAGUAUUCAUAGUCCUCCAACAUAACGGGUUCUAGGUUCACUUUUUAUUUGAGCACUUGCAUACUCUCAGCUCUUUGCUCCUUAAAAUGAUGUAUACAACAUGCCACUCCGCCUUCUGCACUUUCACACAACAUAUUCAAGUGAAAUUUCUACAUCUGCCAUUUUUUUUUAUUCUUAUUAGAUCGAUCAUCUUUUGCCUUGUCUUAAUAGAGAAUAUGAUCUAGUCCUGGAACGAUGUGGACAAAAGAAAAAAAACUACAACUGUGGAAUUUAUCAUGAAUGUAUCACAACCUUGAUCGGCAACAAGAACGGACCCCCCCGCAUGUAACUGUGGGACGACCGCCGGAAUAGCUUUCAAACUGCAAUAAGUUCAAGCAUUAUGCCUCCAGCAAGCAGUAAUAGGUGUAUAUCUGACUUUAAUCUAUUUUUUUUUUUGGGUGGGAUUAUAGCUCGGUGGGUGACCUUCUAAUUUGACAAUUUGCUUUUUAAGUUUUUGGAUUUAAAAUGAUGCACACACACACGGUGCAAGCUUUAAUGCUGUCCUUGCAUGACACUCCACUGGAUCACUUCCCUCAGUCUGACCUAUUCUGCUUUGUGCAUUAACGGACAACCUUUAAAAACAGAACCUGUUUGUCAGUGCCUGAUGGCUGGAGAAGAAGAUUGUCAGCACUUGUAUUGUACUAUGAUAAUUACUUGUUCUCAGAAAAAGGGACUUUGUCAAAACUUCGCAAGCUUUCCCAAUAACUACGAGAUGAACUGUUUAUAAGACUAGCAGCCCUUUUCUGGAUCUUUUUAGUUCUGUGGCUAACGGCACACGGGGCAGAAUCUCUGCUGGUGUGAUUCAUCUGGCUAAUAAACACUCCACUCCUUU